GUCUUCCCCUGGUCUCUCAAGAACUUUCGGUAACUUUUCGUUAUCUCGGGUUUGCCCUCACUGGAUCUGCUAAAAAUUUCUCCGAAAUCGUUAAGAACCCCCUAGUCUGGUUCACGCUCAUUAAGGGCCCCGUCCACACUAGGCCGUAGAAAUUGGAAAACGGAGUUGUCACACUGAAAACCCAUCAAAUGUUUUCCGUUCACACUACGCCGGAGAAAUAUGAAAACGCGACAAUCACCAGUCAUUUUGGAUUUGUGGUUGAGGAAGGUAUCUAGACACCUCCCCACCAGGGACCAAUCGCCAACAAGGAGAUGAAAUAGAGUAAAGUAGUGGAGAAUUCUCUAUUUUCCAAUUACCCAUAAUUCAUUCUUUUUGCCCCACAAAUUUUGCAUCGACUCUACUCAAAUCCGCUUCCACUGCCAUGUUGGACUCUCCUUUCGUUCCCUUUCCUACACCUACAUGCGAACUCGCGGGAAGUUGCACGGGAGCAGUAAGCAUGCGCGAGCUACGAGCGACGGCAGUUCGAGAAUUGUUUGUUUUGUUUGGUUUUGUUUCUUUGUUUUUCGUUUGUUGUGUUGGUUUCUUUUGUUUCAAAAACGUGAUAUGCUACCCAAGUUACUAAUGCAGCCCUUCCUUUUAUAUAGCCUGCGUAGCUGGUGGUUUAGUGGGUUUGGAGUAUAGGAACGUACAGAGUGUGACUCGUCGCAUGCUCUCGCGCUCUACAGCAGCUAAACCGCUGGCUAAACCGCAAGCUACGCAGGCUACCUUUCCUAACGCGAUUUAAGGCUCCGUUAGACUUCACACCUGUCUGAAGAGAGUCGCCUACAAACAACGAAAAAGAUGAAACUCGGGUGGAUUUUAAUUGGUCUUACAGAAGGUCAAGUUUAAUUCAAGAUUUUUCUCCAGUCUUUAUAUGGUAAUAGUUUUAUACCUCAUAUUAUCUUAAACGAUGGGGAAUAGGGUAAAAUAAUCUUUAUUUCUUUGUUAACGCGUCUCGCAGCUACUCGGAAAUAUUUCCAUUUCAUUCCAGUUUAGCCCAGUAUCCUCCAUUUUGCCAGGUUCCAGCGAAUCUAACCUCGCUCACACAGCCGCCCACACUCUGGGAACGAAUCAUCAAGCUUGGCGCGCUCUGUGAUGCUCGUGACAUCAUUGUAACUUACAAGUGAAUCAAUCCGAUUGUAAAUCCUUUUUUCCUUGUAUAUAAUUCCUAAACUCAGUAAAUAAACAAAGAGAUGAUCCUCUUACCCUGUUUUAUCAGUGUUUUUUUUCACCUUAACCCUUCAGGGAAGUAAAAUUGUUGAUCAUCUGUUUCCUCGCGCUAACAUGCCAGCAAUUUAUAAAACUGAAUCUGAUUGGUUUAAAACAGCGCGCGCGUUUACUCUCCCUUGUUACGUCACAAAGUAAAACAGUUCGUUCAGAAAGAGACAAGCACCUGGUUGGCCGUGUCUUUUUAAACACUUAAAUUUUUAUUAAAUAAAACAACGACUUGAACAGUUAAAAUGGGUCUAACUUGGAGCUCGUAUAAGUUGAAGAGAAAAGAGAAAAAAGAUUAUAAAAGGUAAGUGAACAUAGGUGCCGUUUAACUGCUGACAGCGCAUUUAACAUCUGUAAAAAAGAAACAUCCAGAGUUUGAAAAUUAAGUAAGCGAAUCGUUAAUAACUAGAUUUCAUGCGUGAUUAUCACUUCAACUUUUUACGCGAAAACAGGUUUCAUUCUGCGUUUUGUUGUUUCCUUUUUUGCAGACGCAUACAACUAUAAUAUCACUAAGACAUUUUUUUAAAGAUCUCUACCCUUAAUAGACUAACUCUUUUUGUCCAACAGAAAGUUAAGAAACCAGUUAAAAGAAGCAGAGGAGUGUGUUACUCGUCUCCAGGAACAGCUGCAGCUUGAAAAUGGGUGAGUUUUCCAAGUGUGUCUACCAUAUGGGCUCGGCUACAACACCACAAUUUUAACCUUAAUAGAGGGCGUUUUUAAUUUGUUUUUACCUUUUCCUUUUAUGUUUCCAUUACGAGAAUAAAUAGUUUCUUAGCUAAGAAAGCAUAAGUACUAGCGCCUAGUCCCCUCCAAUGAUUGGACUCCGCCGAUGCUUGGACGCGCUGCACCACAAUGAAAAGAGGAAUAAAGGGAAAGCUCUUAACUGUAUUUUAGCUUUUAAUGGAUUUAGACAGUGGUCACCUUAACUCAGAUCAAUAAUUUUGCUGACAUCUGAGAACGUGAUAUCCUUUGUCUGAAAUAUAGACGUCUGAAAUGGAAGUAAUAAUUCCUUCUCUUAGACGUGUGAAUAUCAGUUGUAUUCAAGGUAACUUAAUGGAGGUUCUCUCUCUUUUCUCGUUUCUGUAGGUUACUCGAUCAGUUCCAAAGCUGCCAACCCUCUGACUCAAUGCCUGAUACUGCUAUAGCCAAUGCAGAUUGCAUAGUGGCUGAAAUGGAGCAGGAGGUUCAAGCAUUGGAGCGAAAGCUUUUCCUUGAGGAAAUUGCAGUCACGGUUAAUGUUACAAACGAGCGGUGCGAUUUUCUAGACAGGAACUUCAGUUGUUUUUAUGUCUUUGGUCUUUACAGACUUCUUCACAACAACGAGACAAGCCUUCAUAGGCAAAGUUCAGUCUGUGAAACAGACCUGGCAACGUUAAAACUAAAACAGGAAGCUUGUCAGUUUGGUCAUUUUCUACAAGCAAAUCCAGUGGAAGAAUGGACUGUCUGCUCUCUUCCUAAUCUUUACUGCAGAGACUUGUGAACGGCAAGUCUUGUGAACUUGGUUGUCAAACAAAUGAUAUCAGUUCCCUGUGCAGAUUUUAAAAGAUUUCAGGAGAAAGCUAGAUUUAUCAAUAUUUUACUGCAGAAG